CUAACUACCAUUAUAUACUCUUUGGUACUAACAACUAAAAACACAUCUGUCAAUUUCUGGCUUUCUACAACGACGCGCUUAUUAUCGCUUUGCGACUUUUAAUUUUUUUAAAUAUUAUUACGAUAAACUACGAAAAUGGCGGCUUCUAUGCCAAUUAACCCUAAACCAUUCCUAAACAGUUUAACCGGCAAAUCAGUUCUUGUUAAAUUGAAGUGGGGUCACGAAUACAAAGGUUUAUUAGUAUCGGCUGAUGGAUAUAUGAACUUACAAUUAGCUAACACUGAAGAAAUUGUUGACGGGUCAUGUACAGGCAAUCUUGGAGAAGUACUUAUCAGGUGUAAUAAUGUACUAUAUGUUAGAGGAGCGGAGGAAGAAGAUGAAGAGGGUGAAAUGAAAGAAUAGAUUAAGUUAAAAAUUAUAUUUAUAUUCAAAUUUUCAAAACCAUACAACUUACCUUUACUUAUUCCAAGAAAACAAUCAUCUAUUUAUCUUUGAUAGCUAGAGAUUGGAGCCUAAACGAAAAGUUAAAUAAACAGAAUAUUUUCCAAUAAAACAAUACUGUAAGUCACAUAUUAGGGUAUUGUUAAUUUAAGAUUAAAGUAACUAUAUUAGUUGCAACUAUUUCCAACAUAUGUAAUGAAAAUGUGAUUUUCCCCUCUAAAUAUAAGGUUUAAUAAUA